AAAAUGCGUUUAUAUUUGGCAGGAAAUUGUGGAGGACGGAAAAGCCGAACUGGAGAGCGUUAUUCCAAACCUAUUUUUGGAAAAAACCCGACGGCAAGAAGUUGUUCCCCACCACCAUCUUAUGAGGAAACAAUAUCAUUACUAAGUCGAGAGUCAUCAUUUUCUAGUCGAAGAAGCCAAUCCACUUCUCCUGUAAGGUCAUCUUUUUGUGAAGAAGAUAAUAAUAGGCGUUCUGUUGUUCUUUGGGGUAGCGAGAAUAGGAAUA